UAAACUGCAUUUUCCCGCGUAUGAAAAAAAAGUUAGUGAUGUGCAGAUUAUAGAAAGCGUUGGAUAACACUCAUUCGUUCUGGCCUCCGAUUCAUAACAUGCAUUUUAACCGAGUGAACAUCAUACCAUGAGGGUUAAGGAGUAAAGGGAGAGGAAGAGUCCUCAGAGGUGUACUCCAACACCAUCACUUCCCAUUCCGUAAUCCCGGACUAUUCAACAGGAUUAAGUGAUUCACAACGAGGAGAAGAUCUGAGCAAAUCCAAUCUGAAUCAUCUAUCACUCGUCCACUUUCGAUAGAAUCAUCAUCAUCAUCGAGGACAGCUAAGUCUCACGAAACAAAGAUCACUCUAUUAUGUACAAAAUAAACUGCACAUGCACAGAAUCACUGGGUAAUCGCUCAUCUUCUUCAACUGUGGCGCACUAUUUUGAGUAAUUGGGGGAUGAUACCAUGUCAUCUGGAUGUUGAUACUGGUGGAGAUGGAGCUCGGGGGCUUGUAAUUGCAAUGCGAGGCAACUUAUUGUUGAGAAUGCGAAAGCAGAGGUCCUAGGGAGUGUCUCCAGCAUCACCUGUUGGUUCGUGAUUCCCGGUCGUAGCGACGCCGACCUUUCACUCGUACAAUUCGCCACCUGUCUCGCUCCAGUGGAAGCUGCUCUGUAGCAUCCAGGACCAUUGCGCAAGCUCAAUCUCCCAAAUCAAUGUGUUAUAUCGUUUGUUAUUUUUCGCUUGCGGAUGUUUUGGAGGCGUUGAAAUGUUUCAAUUUGAGAUAUUUUUGAGUUUAGGGGUUCGGAGUAAUCGAAGAACAAGGUAGAGACAUGGGGAAAAAAUAUUUAAAAGAUUUCUGGGCACACGAAGGGAAUUAUCGAACGGAAUGUAAUCGUGGGGAUAAUGGGGACGCAAUGAAAAUUGGUAUUUCAUCUCUUGUACUUUAAAGAGCGGCCGGGAAAGUUUGACCUCUCACGGCUCGGAAAAUGAUAAAUCUUCGAAUUGUAAUUUAUACUGUCCUUUGUCUCAGGCUAAUGAUUAUUUAGAUUGAAUCGAGGCACUUGCGGAAGCUGCUUGCAACGGAGUUUCCAACAGCUUCCGCAAAAAUGGUCUUCAAUAGCUUGAAUUUUUAAGAAGUUUAAUUUUGAAAAAUUCGGCAAAAUGCAUCAUCUACCGAAUGUUAAUCCUCGAUUCAUUAGUCGAGGACUAAUAUUCAGUCGGAGGAUUAAUAUGCCUAGACUCUCCACUAAAUAUUAUCGGUCACACGUAAUCCGCUGCACGAUCCAUGUAUUUUUCACUGCUACGUUGCCAUACGAUAUUCUAUAGCAUGUGGAAACUGAAUUGUGCACACUAGUCCUGGCAACGUCGCUCGGGAAAUUUCUAUGAGCAAAUUGGUUGCAGAAGAAGCUUUACGCGGUUUUUUCCGUCCACACAAGAUAGAAUAAUUAAUUAACAGAAAAGGUGAUGGCCAUAGAUACCAUCGUCAUAAUCAAUGACAGGAAGACAUCGAGUGAAGGAUCCCUACAUUUUCAGUUUGUCAUUCGCAAUAUUUUAAUGGUUAUAGCAAAACGAUUGAAAGAGGUGGCGCGACGCCAAUUACACGUGUAUACGAAAAUUGUUUCCAUCCUAUAGAUAAUGAAAAAACGUGUGUUUGUCUCCCACGAUAUACAUACAAUUCCGCCACAGCUAUUCAAAUAAAGAAGCGCGUUAGUAUACUUCACCCCAUCCAUUAAAUUCAACCUAAUCAAGCUGAUUUAACUCUACGCAAUCAGAUGAUUUUCAAACGGUUGCCAAGAAAUUUCCCGAGAUCACACUAUUUACACAAAUGUGGACUAUGGUAAUUGCAUAUUAUUCCCUAUAAAUUGAGACUGGUAUGAUUUCAAUUAUCAGUCAACAGAUAAUCAUCGAACAGAGGAUCUCAAGUGACAGAUAGAAAUGUCUUUCAAAGUACUGUGCCUGACACUUAUAGCCUGCACUCUCGUCCAGGCGGCACCAAAACCUGAGGGGGGCCUCUUCGAUGUGGGUGGACUUUUCGAUCGAACCCAGGCGGCUAUUUCAAAGGUUUACAGUGAGAAUACAGAGAUUCUGCAAAACAAGGUCACUAAUUUGCGCAAAGUUGUGGAGGAAGGUGCUAAUGCAGCUGCAGCCGUUGUGAAAGCCGACGUCGAUCUCCUCGCAACCCCUGUUCGAUAUGGAAUCAAAUUUGUGAAGAAAGGUGUUGACUUGACUGAUAUCAGUGAUAUCAAAAGACAAACCGGAGAGGCCUUGUCCGAGAUUAUGCAGGAGAAUCACGCCAUUCUCACAGAUAAAGUUCAAAAAGUAAGUGAUGCUGCCGCAGGUGGUUAUGAAGCCGCUGUGAAAAAUUUCAAAGAUAAUAUUUUAAUUGUGAACACACCUGUCAGAAUAGCAUCUGAAGUAUUUAACCCCAAGACGCCAGAUUAUACUGGUGGAGAGGAAUUCGAUAAAUAAAUCAAUUACAGGGAUUAUUGAAAACUGAAACUGUUAUUUUUAAAUGUAUCUUUCGAUAAUACGGAUUAUUAACUCAGUGUAAAUAAAAAAAUUAUGAAACGACUCAUUAGUGUUACAUUGUUGAUUAACUAAAAAAGUAAGACGCGACGAAUGCAAUCCUCUCAGUUCUGUAUCUUGUAUUCUGCGAUUUCAUUAGAAAAGUGUUGGUUGUUCAAAAAAUAUCAACAAACAAAGCUCUCCAUGGAUUGUCAUCCAUCGC